GGGAGAACCAAACGUGUGAACUUUCAAUCUAAUCAAACAUGUUUUUCCAUUUAAGAAUAAUUAUGGCCGCCAUGAAACCACCAAACCGCUAUCUAUUCUGCUUCUUUCUAAUUCCAAACCUUCUACUAACCUCCCAAGCUAUUUCGAUUGACACCAUCACUCCCACACGUCCGCUCACAGAAAACCAAACUUUAGUCUCCGCCAGCGACCUCUUUGAACUAGGAUUAUUCACUCCCGGCAACUCCGGCAAACGGUAUGUCGGGAUAUGGUACAAGAAAAUAAAACAGAGAACAGUCGUUUGGGUCGCAAACAGAGACAAACCACUCACGAAUUCCCCCGGUUUCUUGAAAAUUGGUGAAGAUGGUGGAAUCCAUUUGGUAGACAGCAUAGGAGAUUCUAUCUGGUCAUCAUCGAAUCAGACAAAUCUCCCAGUUCCAAGGAACAACACAGCUGUUGCUCAGCUCCUAAAUUCUGGGAACUUUGUUCUGCGCCAAGAAAACGAUGAAAAAGCAGAGGAUUAUCUCUGGCAAAGCUUUGACCACCCGACAGACACACUCUUACCUGGAAUGAAGCUAGGCUGGGAUUCAAAAACCGGGCUCAAUCGGUACAUAUCAUCCUGGAGAAGCCCAACCGAUCCAUCGGAAGGGGAUAUAAGCUUCAAGUUGGACAUCAAUGGCUACCCAGAAGCAUUCUUGAGGAAUAAAGGCUCAAUCUUUUACAGAAGUGGAGGCUGGAAUGGGAACCGAUUCAGCGGAGUCCCAGAAAUGGAAACAGAAGGAGCUGAAGUAAUCAGUUUCUCCUUUAAGAGGACUCAGGACGAAGUUUACUACUCAUUCGAGAUGAAAAAUGAAACAUUGUAUUCGAGAUUGAUAGUGAACCAAACAACAGGGUAUCUGGAGAGGCACACUUGGGUCCCGGAGAGUCUCAUUUGGAACCAAUUUUGGUACUUUCCGAAUGAUCAAUGCGACCUUUACAGAGAAUGCGGUUCCUUUGGGUUAUGUGGGCUUCAGCAGUCACCGGUUUGCGGGUGUUUGGUCGGGUUUAAGCCCCGAAACCAGCAGGCUUGGGAUUUGCGGGAUGGGUCGGGCGGGUGCAUUCGGGUGGACAAGUUGGAGUGCGAAGGGGAUGGGUUUUUGGCAUUGAACUAUACGAAGUUACCGGAGAGUGGGGGUGCGUUUGUGGAUGAGAAGAUGAGUUUGGAUGAGUGCAAGGGGGCGUGCCUUAAGAAUUGCUCCUGCACGGCUUAUACCAACGCCAAUGUCAGCAAUGGCGGGUCGGGUUGCGUAAUUUGGACGACGGAGCUUCUCGACAUGCGCAAUUUUUCGGAAGUGGGUGAUCAACUUCUUUACAUUCGCGUGGCUGCUAAAGAUGCAGAACAAAAUGGGAAUGCUCCAAAAGCCCGAGAUAGGUUUGGCAAGAAAAAAUUGAUAACAUUGGCAUGUGGCAUUAUACUUGGUAUUGGAGUUAUUCUAUUUGGCUUGUUUUUGUGGAAGAGAAGAAGAUCACGGAGAGCUUUUGCAGCAAAUAUAUACCUCGGAGGCAUGGGAAAAAGAACCGGAGAUCUUCUAAUGGUUGAAACAAUUAUGACAGACAAGUUUGAAUUACCUUUGUUCGAUUUUAGCACCAUCUUUGAAGCAACAAGCAAUUUUUCCGAAGAAAAUAAGCUUGGCCAAGGUGGUUUUGGCUCUGUCUACAAGGGAACACUCAUUGGCGGUGAAGAAAUUGCAGUGAAAAGGUUAUCAGAGAAGUCUAGACAAGGAGUAGAAGAAUUCAAAAAUGAGCUCACAUUGAUUGCAAGACUCCAACACAGAAACCUUGUUCGGCUUCUUGGCUGUUGUGUUGAUAACGAGGAGAAAAUGUUGGUAUAUGAAUACAUGGAAAACAAAAGCUUGGAUUCUCUUUUAUUUGGUUUUGCCAUGGAUCGCAUGUCUUUUAUGGCCAGGGCUGCCAGGAAGGCCGAUGCGGAGUUGAAAGCCGCUCAAGCUGCCGAGGCAGCAAAGAAGUCUGUGGGCGGUCCUCAAGGGGGUGCCGAGGCCGAUAAGAAGCCUGUGGCCAAGAAGAGCAGGAGGGCUGCUGAUGAGGGCCAAAAGACUCUGGCCGAAGCGGGGCUAAAGCUGAGCCAGGCUUCGAAGAAGACGAAGAGGGCUCCACCGAAUGAAGAGGCCGGCGCCCACUCUUCUCAGGCUGUUGCGGAUGUUCAGCCGUCGGUGGUUCCUCCUGUGAAUGAUCCACCCUCCUCAGCUUUGGUGGCCUCGGCUUCUCGGGUGCCUCCCUCUACUGCCGCUGCUGCCCGUUUGGAGGAGGCCCUCGCCAAGGGGACGUAUGAGGUGACGGUGCGUUACCCGGUGAAGGGCGGGCUCUUUAACGAGACUGUCAGUGGCGACGACGUGCUCGCUCAGGCUAUGCCUGAGUAUGACCGGCAGUACCUCAGCCGGCAGGGCAAGCACGUCCACCUGUACGAUGGGGGUUUGGACUAUGUCGUCCAGGGCGCCCUUAUGCUGAGGGAGCAGCAUUGGAGGCAGGAGGCCGAGAUAGAGCGGCUCAAGAAAGUGGAGGCUAAGGCUGCUUCUGCCGAUGAGGCCCUCCAGGAUCUCAAGGACAAGGCCAAGGCUGCCGAGGAAGAGAUGAGGCUUCUCCAGCUCCGGCUUGAUGAGGCCGAAGCAGCCCGGAAGAAGGCCGAUGAGUCCAUUGCUGCUGCCAUCCAGAGAGCUGAGGAGGCUGAACGGCUCAAGGCUGACGCCGAGAAGGCCGCCGAGAAGGCCGUGGCUGAUUUCAAGGCCGAGGGGUGGAAAGCCGAUGACCAGCUCCCCUUCUGCUAUGAGGUGGUUGCUGAGAGGUUGAAUGAUUGGACGACGAAGGACCCCGCCGGCCAAGAAUUCUGGAUGAACGAGAUGCAAGCUUUCUACGACUGUGGUCAGUACAGAAUGCAGAAGCUGAUCUACAGGAAGCUUCGUCGUCGCUUCCGGAAGAUGAGGCCGAGGGGUCUGAGUCUCCCUCGGCGAAUGAAGAAUCCCGAUGAGGAUUUGAAGCUUCCCCUACCGGAGAGGCAGCCUCCGAUCUUGAGUUCAUCCGAAGGGGAAGAGCCGUGGAGUGACAGUGACGACUACUUGCUCGAGGGGCCUGCCGAUUCCCAGGCUGAUGAGGAUGGUGGUGGCGAUGAUGCUGGUGGCGGCAGCGGAGAGGACGUCGGCCAGAGCAAAGAGCAAGCCGAUGAGGCAGCGUAGCUUGUACUUGGCUUUUUUAUUACUUUUAUAGCUUUAGCACCAAAGUGCAUGUAAUGGCCGAAGCGCCCACCCGUUGUAUUUUUGCAUCCAUUAAUGACAACUCCUUUCCUC